UUUUGGUUUGGUUAACCCCUCUCCCCAACCCCCCUUGACUGACAUUUUAAUUCAGCCUCCUCUUAUAAAUUAAACUAAAAUACUCACCAAACCCCCUUAACCCUUUUUUAGUACAGUCUUUUGAGGUUUUAGCUUCAGAGCAGACAGCAGAGAUCAUGUUUUUAAGCAUUUUGCAAAUUUCCCCUUUACUCUUCUUCUCCUUCCUCUUUCUUACCUAUCAGAAAUCACAAUGUCACAAACUUUUUGCAUAAAUUUUAGUCCAAUUUGCAUAUUUUCUUACUCUAAUUUGUUUUCAAUGGCUCAAUUUGAUAUCUUCUUAAUUUGGUAAACCACCAGUUUAGGUUUACCAGACAGAGCAGAUUAAUAAGCCCUCCCUCCUCUUUUUUUCUUUUCUUCUUUCCCCCCUUUUGAUUUCUACACCAACCCACCCAUCAAUCUCUUUCAUAAUCCCUGAAUUGUCAAGAGUAGGGGGUAAAAAAAAAAACAUCAGCCCAGCAAAAAACUAGUACCAAAAAACACAGAAAAGAAGCAGAAAGUGAAAUUGAUUGAUUUUAUUUGAUUCUCUUGUCCCAAGAAACAGAAUGAAGAAGAGGUCACCUUCUUCAUCCUGCUCAUCUUCUUCCUCUUCUUCAUGCAUUGAGCCCCCAACCACCAAAAAUGACACCAACAAUCUUCAGCAGAAGCCCAAAAGAACAAGAGCCAAAAGGGCCAAAAGGGACAAGAAAUCACAGAUCAUCACCAAUGCAGAUGAAUCAUCCCCUUUUCCUUCAGCCCCCUCCACAACAAAGAGAAGCUCAAUUUACAGAGGAGUCACUAGGCAUAGAUGGACAGGGCGGUAUGAAGCUCACCUGUGGGACAAAAGUACUUGGAAUAGCAUUCAAAACAAGAAAGGGCGACAAAUUUAUUUGGGGGCAUAUGAUAACGAAGAUGCAGCCGCCCGUACAUAUGAUCUUGCGGCUCUUAAGUACUGGGGCCCUUCCACAAUCCUCAAUUUCCCGAUUGAGAAUUAUACAAAAGAGCUAGAAGAAAUGGAGAAAUUGUCAAAGGAGGAAUAUCUAGCGUCCCUACGAAGGCAGAGUAGUGGAUUUUCUAGAGGAGUUUCUAAAUACCGUGGGGUGGCGAGGCAUCAUCAUAACGGUCGAUGGGAAGCACGAAUUGGACGUGUCUUAGGAAACAAAUACUUGUACUUGGGAACUUACAGCACUCAAGAGGAAGCAGCAGCAGCUUAUGAUUUGGCAGCGAUAGAGUACAGAGGACCGAAUGCAGUGACAAACUUUGACAUCAGCACCUAUGCAGAGCAAUUGAAGAAAUUCCAGAAAGAGAAGCAGGCGAAAAGUACUGAGUCCAGUGAUGCACAAGAGGAUGUAAAACAAGACCAGAAACCGUGCAUAAAAAAGGAAACACAGUUGGUGGAGCAGAAUGAUACGGAUAUGGAAGCGGUAGGCGACACUGGAUCACAUUCUCCUGUUGUUAUGAUUGACCCUGCUGAUGAGCAUGAGCACCCUUGGAACUUCUGCUUGGAUAUCGGGUUCAACUCGUUACCUGUUUCAGAUUUCCCUUUUGAGAAACCUACCGAGCUACCAGAUCUGUUUUCUGAUACAGGUUUUGAGGAUAACAUUGAUUUCAUGUUUGAUGCUUCAUUUGAUGAAAGUGAGUUGAAGCUGGAGGCCGUGCCCUUUAAAGUUGAGCUUGACCCUUUUGCUGUAAAGGAGGAGAAAGUGAUUGAAGCAGCAACUUCUCCUUCGCAAUCAUCUUCAUCAUCAACAAUAACAUCUUUUGGUAGCAACAGUUUAUUGGCUUAAUCGCCAUCCUGUACCUUUUUAGAUGAUCAGUGGUUCCUUCCUUUUCAAAGUCAUUGCAUCAUUGUCGAAACUCUGGCUUUGUACUGGGACAUGGUUUAGAAUCAUAGCUAGAUUAACUAGUUCUUCAAUCCUUCGAACUUCUUCAGUAGAGUGUCGUUUUACUUAGCAAAAUAGGGAGGCAGAAAAAUGGAAACUUGUUUAUCCUGCUCUUCAAUUUCUCAAACCAGAUAUCUUCUGAUUUUGCAAAGCUUAUUUGCAACCAUGGUUGGAUUGUGCUAAGUUGGGA